UCUAUUUUACACGCUCUCUUUUUCAAGUUUCAUCUCUCCCUGUGUCAAAUCCCUAGCUCCUGCCUCUGUCUUCCUGUCGCCGUAGCCCUGCUUCUCUCAAAUUACUGGGCCUAGACUUGCUUCUUUGUAAAGCCGCCUCUAAUCUGCUUUGAUCUUGUGCGAUUUGAUGGUCGAUGUACUGAUUGUGAUGCAUGCAGUGAUGUUCGGAACUGGGAGGAGGAGUGGUGGUGGUGCCGUUUGGUGAUUAUUUCUUUUCUUUCUCUCUUUCUUUCAAUCUUAGAUCUGGGUCUCAUCUUUCUAUCUCUUUCAUCUCAGAUUCGAAUCUCAUCUUUCUCUCUCUUUCAUCUCAGAUCCGAAUCUCAUCUCUUCUUUCGGUCUUAGAUUUGGGUUUGUAGUGAUUUGGUGCUAUUUGGUUUCAAUCUCAGAUUUGGAUUUGUGGAAUUUUUGGUGUUAAUUGAUUUCACUAGUUUUGGAUUGUGGUUGUGACUUGUGAGCAGUGUUCUUUAGGUUUGGGUUUUAUUUCUGCUGUGUUGUUCUUCAAACCUGAAAUCACCCGACGACUCCGACCGCUCAACCAUUGCUGAAAUGAAGACACAACAUAAUGAUGUUUGGGGCCUUCCUCUCAUCCUAGAAAAGUUGCGAGAUACAGAAUGUUCUCUUCUCCGUGAAACAAGAUUCUUCGACUCAAACACACUUCUUCAUGUUGCAGCAAGCUUAGGCCAUGAUCAGAUUGUAGAAGCGAUCCUCUCGAAACAACAGUGCCAAGAACUUUUAACGGCAAAGAACUCCACUGGCGACCUUCCUCUUCAUGUAGCUGUGAAUGCUAGGCAUCUGCCUAUAGUUCAGCAGUUGCUCAAGUCGUCUUACCAGUGCCAAGAACUUUUAACGGCAAAGAACUCCAGUGGCGACCUUCCUCUUCAUGUAGCUGUGAAUGCUGAGGAUCUGCCUAUGGUUCAACUGUUGCUCAUGUCGUCUGACCGGCGCCAAGAACUUUUAACGGCAAAGAACUCCAAUGGCGACCUUCCUCUUCAUCUAGCUGUGAAUGCUAGGCAUCAGUAUAUGGUUGAACAGUUGCUCAAGUCUUCUGACCAGUGCCAAGAACUUUUAACGGCAAAGAACUCCAAUGGCGACCUUCCUCUUCAUCUAGCUGUGAAUGUUGGGCAUCUGCAUAUAGUUCAACAGUUGGUCAAGUCGUCUUACCAGUGCCAAGAACUCUUAAUGGCACAAAACUCCAAUGUCGACGUGGCUUGUAAACUACUAAAGGAGAAAAAUGAAGAGGGGAUAACUCCUCUGGACCUGGCCUUGAUUAAAAAAAAGACACUUUUGGAAUACAAGUACCAUCAGGUGGCCGAGUUUUUAAUUGAGACAGGUCGCAAAGCUGAAAAUGGGGAGCUUAUGGAAUUCGAGUCUGAAUCUUAUUUCAAAAUUGAUCUGAGUGACGCUGAAAUGAAACCAGAUUCCCAACAUAAGGGGGAUAAAGGAGGAAAGGGAAUUGCUCUUAGUGACGCUAAAAUGAGGAAUGCUUCUUGGAACUCAAUCAAACCUAAGCUGGAGAGAUUUCCCCAGAAGUCAGAAGACAAAGUUACAAGUAUGGAUCCUGAAUUGUAUAAGGUUGUAAAGAGUAAGGAUAUUCAUUUCAUCAGAAAUAAAGCUGAAGAUACGGAACAUCCUGCUCUCUCGGACAAAACCCCCGAAUUAAAUACAAUCCUUCAUCUUGCUGCUGCAAGCUCAGACAAUAAACAAUUUGUAGGAGAAAUCCUAGAAAUCGAACUAUGCAGACAAUUUGUCACGGAAAAGAACUCCAAUGGCGACCUUCCUCUUCAUGUAGCUGCAAGUGCUGGGAAUAUGCAAAUGGUGGAACUCUUAGCUGCAAGUGUACCACAAAUGGAGAAAAAUAUGGAGGAGAAUACUCCUUUGCACCUAGCCUUGAUAAAAAAAUUCCAAGUGGGUGCUAAUUUGGCUUUGAAAGCCGAGUACAAUAAGGUGGCCAAGUUCUUGGUUGAGAAUUGUCCAGAGGUGUCCUUUUAUCCAAAUAGGGAACGCAAGUCUCCUCUCUAUUUGGCGGCAGAAGGAGGAGAUGAAGAGCUCAUGAGGCACAUGAUAACUACCAAUUGCCUGCCAUAUGGCAAAUCAAUUGUUCACGCUGCCAUUUAUUAUCUCAUGACAACUACCAACCUGCCAUAUGGCAAAUCAAUUGCUCACGCUGCCAUUUAUGGUUCCUUUACUGCGAGAAAAAAAGAUAUGUUAGAUACUGUUUUGGAAAGCCUGCCAAAUGAUAUCCUCACAGUGAAAGACGAUGAAGGGAUGACUCCUCUUACCUAUGCAGCAUCAAUAGGUUAUCUUAGUGGUAUUAAAAGCUUACUAAGAAAAACUACAAUACCUUGUGUAUAUGGGGAACAUUCGCGCUAUUAUCCCAUUCAUAUAGCAACCAGGAAAGGUCAUAUUAAGCUGCUAUGUAUGGGAAAGCCAAAGUGUUAGCUUAUAUGCUAAAAAGGCAUGAUCUUAAAGUUGAAAUGCUUAUCAAUAAUAAAGACCAAAAUGGAAACACCCCUUUACAUUUGGCCGCCAUGAGAUGGC